GUAUCAGUAAGAAUACAGCGCAAUGUCUGGAAGAGGAAAAACCGGCGGAAAGGCGAGAGCUAAGGCUAAGACUCGCUCCUCCAGGGCAGGACUGCAGUUCCCAGUCGGCCGUGUCCACAGGCUGCUGCGGAAGGGAAACUACGCCCAGCGUGUCGGCGCUGGAGCCCCGGUCUAUCUGGCCGCUGUGCUCGAGUACCUGACUGCUGAAAUCCUGGAGCUGGCCGGGAACGCCGCCCGGGACAACAAGAAAACCCGCAUCAUCCCGCGUCACCUGCAGCUCGCUGUGCGCAACGACGAGGAGCUCAACAAGCUGAUGGGAGGCGUGACCAUCGCUCAGGGCGGAGUGCUGCCCAACAUCCAGGCCGUGCUGCUGCCCAAGAAAACCGAGAAGCCCGCCAAGAGCAAGUAAACCAGCCUGACUGACCCGCGUUUAGACUUCACAAACCCAAAGGCUCUUUUCAGAGCCGCCCACCACUUCACUAGAGAGCUAUAUUCAUUGAUUUCUUCAUGCAUGUGAAAGCGAUACACUAUAAUACAUUUAUUAUCCCGUACACAGAAAGCAUGCUUGUUGCGAUUUGAUCCAAGAAAAUUGGUUGGAACGAUUUCGGUUCUGAUUAGCGCUAGUAUUGUAUUUCAUACUGACUAAUGCAAUCUUUCACAAAGUGUUAGCUGUCGAAUUAAACCUGCGUCACUGGCAGGUAAAGCUGUUUAGUGAAUCGGAGUUUGAAUUGUUUAAAACAGACCGUGUUUUUCACCUGGUAAAGGCGAUAUGGUGUGUCGUUAGUUUAGAUUAAAGUGAAAUUGUAGAGCCGUCAGUUUAAUGAAGUUACACCCCAAGCAAAAUAACAUGAAUGUAUC